AUGUCAAGGGAACAAUCAAUCCCAUCGUAUCCAGCGCAGUCUGAGACCAUAUUCAUCGAGGAUUUUGUCAAGGAGAUAACACCGAAGAGGAAGAGGACGCAGGCAUGGCUGCAGGGAGAGUUUAUGCGCCGGUGGCUUCGAGUGGCAGGAAAAUAUCUCAAGCUCCUGCUGGACAGCGAAGCCUGUCUCAACCAGGAAGCUUGCCCGGCCUGCAAUACCGACUCGGCAACAUGGCGAUGUCUUACGUGUUUUGGGACCCCCGAACGAUGCAUUGGCUGUAUGCGGCAGGAACACAGUCGGUUGCCCUUUCAUUCCUUCGAGGAGUGGCGAGCUGGUCACUGGCAGGCAGCGCCAGCAGCUGCAUUGGGAAUACGCUUGUACAUGGGCCACGGUGGUGAUAUUUGCCCGCGCGCAAUUGAUAGUUCUGCCGUGGGUGGCAGUAUUUCCAUUUGCGAAACUGCCGAUGCAGAACUGGAGGCGGCAGAGGCAGGGGCAGAUGGAUGGCACCAACCCCACGGGUCUGGCGGGGGAUGCAGAGCCCAGUUGCUCACCGUCGUUGACAUAACAGGUGUUCAUGAAUUGCCAGUUACGUGGUGCAACUGUCCGCAUGCCCUUCCGCUCCCUGAACAAUUAAUGGCGCUGCGACUUUACCCAGCAUCCCAAGGACGCCCGCAGACCGCUUUUACAUUCAGUGUCUUGGACAAUUUCCUCUUGUCGAAUGUCGAGAACAAGGUCGCCGCAUAUGGUUAUUUCAGAAGGCUGGCAAGGCUUACAAAUCUAGUUUGCCCUCAUGAUGUUCCUGACCGCUACCGCGAGUUGGCAAGGUGUGCUCGGCAGUGGACAUGUCUAAAAGCACAGAAAAAGUAUGGACAUGGAUACGGCGAGCGAGAGAAGGAGAAGGUGUGUGGCUCGCUCGCGUCGUUUUGUGUGGCAUGCCCCCAGCCUGGUGUCAAUCUCCCAGCAGAUUGGAAGGAUUUCAUGCCACGUUGGGUAUACUUCUGGCAGCUUGUGAUGGACGGAAACUUCAAGCAGCAAAACUACAAUAUGAAACACCCAGAAAAUGAUGUCGGCCUGCCAGAUGGCUUGGAGUACAUGGUGAAACAGGAUAAGUUUGCUGCUCAUAUUGCAACGGCGAAAGAAACACCAACGCGGUCGACGUGCAAUGAUCACAAAGCAGUCAACAACAGCUUUGUCAAACGCAACCAUCUCAAGGUUACAGGCAUCGGCGCCAUUGUCUGCUCACAGCAUGCUUGUUGGGUGCCGAAUUCAGGGGUCAAUUUUGAACGAGGGGAACAAGUCAAGCAAAGCCCCCAUCUUGAGGUCCCCGAAGGCCUUGAGGUCAUCCCUGCCAUCGGACAAUUCCACGUUCACGGGCACCAAGACAAGUGCGUCGCUCGGUACUUGCCGCUGUUUAUCAAAGGCGCCGGCAACGCGGUCGGGGAUACCAUCAAAUCCCGUUGGCCGGCAAUGAAUGAGCUCGCCAACAGUGCCCGGCACAUGGCCACUGAACCGCAUCACGAUGUCAUCAAUAACCACAUGAGGGACGACAACGAGAUGAAAAACGCAGGGAUAGAAGAGACGAAAUUGAUGAAAAAGGCAAGAAGAAGCAAACAGAACGGCGAGCGGAUCCGCUGGCUGAACGGCGGGAUUGAAGUUGAGCAAAGACAAAUUAAGAUUCAAGCGCUGGUCCGUCGGUUUGACAAGUCCGGCAGGUCCGCUGAUUUCCAAACCAUUCAGCGCGAGCGUCGGCAGCUCGCGAAGGACCUCGAUUGGGUGACCCAAGAAGCUCCAAAGCACAUGGGAAGUUUACUUAUUUCCGACAUCCAUGGUGAUACGGUGGUGCUACCCAUCGCGAGCGACAAAAAUGACGUCCCUGAGGAUGACGACUUCAUGGCAGAGAAUGACGACAACGACAAGCAUAUCCUUGAUGAUCUCGCUGAGGAAGCCCACAUUGACCCGGAAAAACGUACCAUAGGCUUGCCGUCUGCAUUCGGCCAUGCACGCUGCCGGAGGCACGGGUUGGAUCACCUGGUCAAAAUGGAGCUUCGUCUGCAAAGAGGGCAAGCAAAUGAUGCUAUUGGGAAAGUACACAGCCACAUCACGUGGCAGUCCGUCCUGUACCAUAAGCGCAUUUGUCCGGCACGCAAGAGUCAGCGCCUGGCUGCUGCCGCGCGCGACCAAGUGAGCAGUCAGACAGUGCAAGUGAAUCUCCAUCGCCUCUAUUACAACCAUGCGCGGCAGGCCAUGCUCGCGCUGUCGGAGGACGUAAAUAGCUUGUCUGAUUAUGAAGAGAUGAAACCAGAAGAUCUCACCAGUCGCACAUCCCUGUUGGACCCUUCGGAAAGAGGUUUACAGUACUUGGGACUGUCGUGGAUAUGGCAGAUUGAUGUUCAGCUCAAGCUAGGUGGAGAGAAAGGGAAAACCCUCCUGAAUGAAUAUGCUCGCCAACAUUGGAUGAAAGCACGCUGCCGACGUGAUCGUGCUGUUGAAGAGCUGACGAUCUUGCGUCAUGAGAUGGACUGGAUUCCGCGCGAGUUUGAUCACCAAGCGGAUAUCUGGCGGGACUGA